AUGAAGAAGCAGCCCAAAAAAAUUUUCAAAGAAAAAGAUGAUACAGCUACAACGGAAAUAAAGAAAUCAGUUGUUCAUUUUGAAGAAUCAACAAAACUGUCCUACCGAUCUGACAAUUUGAUUGCAAAAGAAGAGGCUUCAAUUGCUGAAUAUUUUGAAUGCUUGAAUUGCAAACUAGCUGUGGGAUUAAUAAAGACUUUGAUGAAAGCUAAAGUACCAAAGAAUGUAAUUUCAAAUAUAGUUACAAGUGGUUGUGUACUCUUCAACCAGGGCAGCCAUGAUGUGUGCCAUGGAGUUGUUUCUAUGUUUAAGAAUGAAGUGUUCGAGGUACUUUCCAAUAUUACCAUUUCACCGCUGGAGGUCUGUGAGGUCCUCUUAACUAAAAAUUGUACUAGAAAAGAGAGUAAAUAUUUUCAGUGGGAUGUCGAUCUUCCAGUACCAUCCCAUGAUAGAACUGCUGAAAAAAAUUUGCCAAUGACCAAACCAACUCCUAAACUAAAAGUUCUGCAGUUGACAGACAUUCACAUAGAUUUCCUAUACAAACCACAAUCAGCUAUUAACUGCAAUGAUCCUCUGUGUUGCAGAAAUGGCCAACCGACAGAACCAUCUAACAUGGCUGGAUAUUGGGCAAGUUUGGGAGCCUGUGAUAUGCCAACGUGGACAGUGGAUGAUUUGUUUAACAAGCUUUCAAAAGAAAAGUUUGAUUACAUAUUAUGGACGGGUGACUCCCUCAGUCACAAUGUUUGGAACCAAACUCGAGAUGAUCAGCUGAAAGUUUUGCAUUAUAUUGCACAACGUUUUGACAAAUAUUUCCCUAAUAUUCCCGUUUUUCCUGCGCUGGGCAAUCACGAAGGAGUCCCUGUCAACAGCUUUCCUUUUGCCAAAAACAUGGAGGACAAGGAGAACCCGAUGAGUUGGCUCUACGAAACUAUGAAGAACAUCAGUUCAAAACCCAACGAGGACAAGGAGAACCCGAUGAGUUGGCUCUACGAAACUAUGAAGAACAUCAGUUCAAAAUGGGGUGGCUACUACACGAUGCAAGUGAUCCCCGGGUUCAGAAUUGUCUCACUCAACAUGAACUUCUGCAAUAAUUUGAAUGGGUGGUUGCUGCUGAAUCCAAUCGAUCCGUCUUCAGAGAUGAAGUGGCUGGUUGAUGUUUUGCAGGAAGCUGAAGAUAACAAUGAGAAGGUUCAUAUAAUAGGUCAUAUUGCUCCUGGUCUGCCAGAAUGUAUGCAAGUCUGGAGCAGAAAUUAUUAUAAAGUCAUCAAUCGAUUUCAUAAAAUAAUCUCAGCCCAGUUUUUUGGUCAUCUGCAUUACGAUACAUUUCAGUUAUUUUACGACUUGGAUCUUUAUAAAAUCAACACUCCUACAUCCAUGAGAACAGACAUUAAUCUCAAGCCCAUAUCUGUCGCCUACCUAUCGCCAAGUUUGACCACUUUCAUAAACAUAAAUCCAGGCUACAGAGUGUUCCAUCUCGAUGGUUUCCACGAUGAAAGCACUUGGUCUGUGUUAGACCAUGAAACCUAUAUAAUGAAUAUAACUCUCUCAAAUACGCUCAACCAGACGAUAUGGGUGAAGGAGUAUUCUGCAAAGGAAGCCUACCAGCUGGAAUCUUUGUCACCGUUGGACUGGCAUGACUUGAUUUUAAGAAUGGAAUGGAACGCAACAUUGUUCAAUUUUUAUUUCAAGAACUACUUCAAGUCCAACAUGGGUCAAGAGAGCUGUGAUGCCAAAUGCAAAAUGUACAUGUUAUGUUCCUUGGCGUCUGGUAAAUCAUACGAUGAUGAAUUCUGCCAACAUAUCUUCAAACAUUCAACGGCAUUUUCUAACUUUCGCAGAGAUUUUCAGUAUUCUGAGUAUACCACUUGGUAUAAGAAAUUAAAAUCAUGUUAG